CCGCACACGCGCAGGGGGCGCCGGCGGCAAAGGCCGGCAGCGGAGGCCGCUGUGCGGGCCGCGGCGGCGCCGCCAGAGGCCACGCAGCAGGCAGCAGCGGCGGCGGCUGCGGACGCGCUGGCCGCGCCAGCGGCGCCGCAGGCCACGCAACAGGCGGCAGGGGCGGAGGCGGCGGCGGACGCGCUGGCCGCGGCCGUGCCGGCCCCGCCCGCGGCGGCCGCGCCGCUGGCGGCCGCACUGCAGGCGGCGGAGGCGGAGGCGCCCGCGGAGGAGGAGCCGCUGGCCGGCUCCCCAGGUGCCGACGACGCGCCGCUGGCGGCCAGGCUGCUCGAGGAGCAGCCGGUCGGCUCCGAGCAGGUUGCCGCCGCCGACGGCUCCUCGCGGUCGCCGGCUUCCGCGCCAGCUGAGGAGCGGUCGCCCACGGACGCGCGCGACGAGCCGGUGUCCGGCUGCGAGCGGCCGGCGGCGCCCGCGGCGGCCGCACCGGAGGAGGCUGCCGCUGGCUGCGAGAGCCCGGGGCGGCGGCGGUUCCGGGAGCGCCGGGAGGCCGCGUCCCGUAUCCAGCUGGCCGUGGAGCACCGCUGCAGGCUGGACGCGGAGAGGCACCGCAGGUCGCGCUCCGAAGGCGAGCCGCGGGCCGCCCGCCGCCCGCCGCCCGCCGCGAGGGCCUCGGCAGGACACCAGCGCGGCGCCCCCCGACCGGAGCGCGCCGUGGGAGGAGGUACACCUCGAGGAGGCCGGCGCCGCUGCGCCGCUGGAGGAGGUGCCCCUCGAGGAGGCCGGCGCCGCUGCGGCGCUGGAGGAGGAGGAGGAGGAGGAAGCCCCCCUGGAGGAGGCCAGCGGAGCGGCCGCCGCACCGCAGGGGGAGGAGGGCGCCGCCGUGGGCGAGGAGACCACGGCCGCCGCGCCGCGGGGGGAAGAGGGCGCCGUGGACGAGGAGGCCGCGGCAGACGCGCCGCGGGGGGAAGAGGGCGCCGUGGACGAGGAGGCCGCAGCAGACGCGCCGCGGGGGGAAGAGGGCGCCGUGGACGAGGAGGCCGCGGCUGCCUCGGGGGAGGAGGCGGCGGCGCCGCCGCCCCCGCCGCUGGGGCCGCCCAGGCACCCGUUGCGGCGCUCGCGGGCCCCCAAGCUGAGGAAGCUCAGCGCCAGCUUCGGCGCGGCAGCUGCUGCCGGUGCCACCAGCGGCCCAGCAGGAAGCCCAGAGCCGCCGCGGAGAUCUCGCGCCGCUCCGGCGACGCCGCGGAGGUGCUUCGCCGCCCGCAGCCUCAGCCCCCCGCCUUCGGUACGACGUAACGCCGCGCAGGAGACCUGCAGCAUCUGCUGCGAGGACCUUGCUCCGGACAGCGCAGUGCAGCUCAAGUGCAGCCACGGCUGGUACUGCUUGCAGUGCGUAUCCAGGUACGCAGAGUCUCGGCUGGAGGCGGGCGCGUCGACGGUGCCCUGCCCCGUGUGCAGCACGCACGUCGCCGAGCACGUCCUGAAGCAGAUCUUGCCCGCCGCAAUCAUGGAGCGCCUCCUCCAGCGAGGUCUGGAGCAGGCCGUGUCCUCGGCCGCGGACCUGCGCGCGUGCCCCACCCCGGACUGCCCCAUGCGCGUGGCGCUGGAGGAGGGCGGACCGCCGCGCCUCAGGUGCCCUCUCUGCCGCAAGACGUCGUGCCUGCGCUGCGGGGCCCAGCCGUACCACUCCCGGCUGACCUGCGAGAAGUAUGCCGAGCGCAUCAAGAAACG